GGCGGACGGGUCUCGCGGGAAGUGGCGUCGGAACGAGGGACUGUUAAAGCGAGGGACUGUUAAAGCGAGAGACGCACCGAGCUGGGCUCUACCAUGAGCCGGUCGACCCCCCCUGCCCCUCCGGAGCGGGCUCCGAGUGACAUGUCGCCUGCGGGCCGACCCCGCGCGCCCUGAGAGCCCGGUCCCGCGCAACGCCCCGGGGACACCGACACACGCGCGAGCCUCCCCCGCUCCUGAAACUGGAAACCGCUCGUGCAGCCCAACUCUCCCGUCACUCUUCCCGGUCAUUCCUCACCGGCGAUCUGCAGUGGAAAGUUGGACAAAGUUCUGCCGAGGACGAAGCGGCGGCCGGUGGACCGGAGGGUCCGCGACUCCGUGAGGGCGCGCUCUGCACAUCAUCGGGAGUCUUAGAGUCUGAAGUCUGAGAGGAUCUGAGAGGAUCCCUGCGGUCUUACAGGGUCCACCAUGCCGGUCCGUAGGGGCCACGUUGCCCCCCAGAACACGUUCCUGGACACCAUCAUCAGAAAGUUCGACAGUCAAAGUCGUAAGUUCAUCAUCGCCAACGCGCGGGUGGAGAACUGCGCCAUCAUCUUCUGCAACGACGGCUUCUGCCGCAUGGUGGGCUACACGCGCGCCGAGAUCAUGCAGAAGCCCUGCACCUGCAACUUCCUGUACGGACCCAGCACCAAGCGCAUGGCCAUCGCCCAGAUGGCCCAGGCCCUGCUGGGGGCGGAGGAGCGCAAGGUGGAGAUCAGCCUGUACCAGAAGGACGGUCAGUGCUUCCUGUGCCUGGUGGACGUGGUCCCGGUGAAGAACGAGGAUGGCCUGGUGAUCAUGUUCAUCCUCAACUUCGACGUCAUGACAGACGACAAGCUGCAGGACCCCACCCAGGAGAUCAACCACCGCCUGCCCGCCUGGCUUGUUACCGGUCGCCCGCGAGGGUUCAAGCUCCGCCUGCCGCUGCUGCGCUCGCUGUCCAACAGCAAGGCCUCGCUGAACGACGCCGAGGCGGCCCAGGUCCCCACGGCAACGCCCCUGGCCCCGCCCACCCUGCACCCCAGCCAGGAGUCCCUCGGCGACUUCCUGCCCCUGCGGCCCCUCCUCCCCGGCAGCCAGGACCAGGUCUGCGGCAGCAGGUCGGGUCUCCAGAGUUGGCCCGAGGACCGCCAGGAGGACCAGUGCACCCUGCUGUGCUCGGGGUCUUCCUCCGUCUCCCCCACGCCGCCCCACCUGCCGCCCCCGGCCCACGGCCACCGGCCCCCGCUGGUGGGCCCCCUCGCCCAGUCGUCUCCCUGCGUGGCGGCCCACCGCCUCAGCCUCAACCCCGACGCCUCCGCCUCCAACUGCUCCACCUCCAACAGCCGCUCGCGGGAGAGCGUCCACAGCAUGCGGCGCGCCUCCUCCGUGGACGAGAUCGAGGCCCUGCGGCCCGACUGGAGCCUCCGCAGCCGGAGGGGCAGCACGAGGCCGGCCAGCUGCAGCAUGGGCGCGGUCAACCACCGGUCCAUCCUCAACUCCACGUCGGACUCGGACCUCAUGCGCUACCGCACCAUCUCCAAGAUCCCCCAGAUCACGCUGAACUUCGUGGACUUCAAGGCGGACCCCCUCAUCGCCCUGCCCCCCGGGGAGAUAGACAUCAUCGCGCCCUGCAAGCUCAUCGACCGCACGCACAACGUCACCGAGAAGGUCACCCAGGUGCUGUCCCUGGGGGCGGACGUCCUUCCGGAAUACAAGCUCCAGGCGCCGCGCAUCCACAAGUGGACGGUCCUCCACUACAGCCCCUUCAAGGCGGUGUGGGACUGGCUCAUCCUGCUGCUGGUCAUCUACACCGCCAUCCUCACGCCCUACUCCGCCGCCUUCCUGCUCAACGACACGGAGGAGGCGGCGGCGAUGCAGAGCUGUGGCUACUGUUCUCCUCUCAACGUGGUGGACCUCAUCGUGGACAUCAUGUUCAUCAUCGACAUCCUCAUCAACUUCAGGACCACGUACGUGAACGCUAACGACGAGGUGGUGAGCCACCCACUGCGCAUCGCCGUGCACUACUUCAAGGGCUGGUUCCUCAUCGACAUGGUGGCCGCCAUCCCCUUCGACCUGCUUAUCUACCGCAACGGAGAGGAGGUGAGGGAGGAGACCACCACUCUGAUUGGCCUGCUGAAGACGGCCCGCCUGCUGCGAUUGGUCCGUGUGGCUCGCAAGCUGGACCGCUACUCGGAGUACGGCGCUGCCGUCCUCUUCCUCCUCAUGUGCACCUUCGCCCUGAUCGCCCACUGGCUGGCCUGCAUCUGGUACGCCAUCGGCAACGUGGAGCGCAACGGAUCCAUCGGGUGGCUACACUCUCUGGGUGAUCAGCUGGGGAAACACUACAACGACUCUAUACCAGGCUCUGGUCCGUCCAUCAAGGAUAAGUACGUGACAGCGCUCUACUUCACCUUCAGCUCUCUGACCAGCGUGGGCUUCGGGAACGUGUCGCCAAACACCAACUCUGAGAAGAUCUUCUCCAUCUGCGUCAUGCUCAUCGGAUCCCUGAUGUACGCCAGCAUCUUCGGCAACGUGUCGGCCAUCAUCCAGCGGCUGUACUCGGGUACGGCGCGCUACCACACCCAGAUGCUGCGGGUCCGGGAGUUCAUCCGCUUCCACCAGAUCCCCAACCCUCUGAGGCAGCGGCUGGAGGAGUACUUCCAGCACGCCUGGUCCUACACCAACGGCAUCGACAUGAACGCCGUGCUGAAGGGUUUCCCCGAGUGCCUGCAGGCGGACAUCUGUCUGCACCUGAACCGCACGCUGCUGCAGAACUGCAAGGCCUUCAAGGGCUCCACCAAGGGCUGCCUGCGCGCGCUCGCCAUGAAGUUCAAGACCACGCACGCCCCGCCGGGCGACACCCUGGUGCACGCCGGCGACGUGCUCAACGCCCUCUACUUCAUCUCCCGGGGGUCCAUCGAGAUCCUUCGGGGGGACGUGGUGGUGGCCAUCCUGGGGAAGAACGACAUCUUCGGCGAGCCCAUCAACCUUUACGCGAGGCCCGGCAAGUCCAACGCGGACGUGCGCGCCCUGACCUACUGCGACCUCCACAAGAUCCUGCGAGAGGACGUUCAGGAGGUGCUGGACAUGUACCCCGAGUUCUCCGAGCACUUCUGGGGGAACCUGGAGAUCACCUUCAACCUGCGAGACACCAACAUGAUCCCCGGCUCGCCCACCAGCGACGACUCGGACGGCGGUGGUUUCAACAAACUCCGGCGGCGUAAGCUGUCUUUCAGACGGCGCACAGAAAAAGACCACGCGGACGCCGGCGAGAUCAAGAAGUCCCAGAAGGCCGUGCGGCGGAGGAGGAGGUCGGCGUCGGGGUACCAGAAGGCAGAGGAGGGCCUGAAGCCGAGUUGGGAUGGGCAUCGCAGCUCCCUGUCCUCCCCCACCAGCGGAGACGAGGGUGAGGACCCUGCUGGGGUCUCCCCGGCCCCCGGGUCCACCCUGCUGGACCCCCUGCAGGCCCAGGCCCCCCCGCUGAGCUUCAGCCAGGUCCCCGACGGAGACGCCAAGACGGGGAACACCUGCAAUGCCCUCUCAGGAGCGUUCUCGGGCGUGUCCAACAUCUUCAGCUUCUGGGGGGAGACCCGGACCAGCCCCCAGUACCAGGAGGUCCCGCGGUGCAGCCUGCCCUCCCCGCCCCGGGCCAGCGCCCCCCUCCGCGGGCUGAACCGCCAGCAGCGCUCCGAGCUGGAGUCACGCCUGGACCUGCUGCAGAGGCAGCUCAACAGGUUGGAGAGCCGCAUGUCCACCGACAUCGGAGCCAUCAUGCAGCUGCUGCAGAGACAGAUGGCCCUGGUGCCCCCCGCCUACAGCACCGUGACCCCCUGCCCCCCGCAGGCUUCUUCAUACCCCGGUCCCGGACCGGGUCUAGGUCCAGAAGAGAGACUGGUCCUGCCUGUGGGGACCGAGGCCCUGACCUCCCUCUCUCAGAUCCUAGACCCCCAGGACCUACUGGGGUUUCCCAGAAACCCUUUAGAGGCCCUGCAACCCCAGGACGCCCCUGGUCCUGGACGCGGUCCCGGCUCGGGUCUGGAUCAGGACCUGGAGAUGGACCUAGGACUGGGGAGCGCCACGGGCCUCGUCCCAGGGGCCGGGAUGGACCUGGGUCCGGCUCUGAGACCCAUCCUGGACUUGGAUUUUGGGAACCAGGCCUCCCGGGGUUCAGGCUUCGACCUCAGCCCGGGGAGGGGGGCCCUCCUGGACCUAGAGGCGCAGCGGAGGCGGUCCCUCCAGGAGCCGCAGACCCCCCUGGACUCACGGACCCCACAGAGACACGGCUCCGACCCGGGAGGGAGCUGAGGGGACGGAGGGCCGGGUCGGGGGGGGGGGCGGACCGGAGCCCUGGGUGGAGGUGAGGGGCCUGGACGGACCCCUGGGGGGAGACGGACGAGGGGGGAAGGGGGAGGAGGCUCUGAGGGGACAGAGGGUCUGGUCUCAGAGGGACCCCCCUCUGGGGCCUUUCUUCCAUUUCUCGGGCCCCUUCUGAUGAGCAGGACAACAUGGAGGACUCUGAGAACCUCCUCACCCCCCCUCUACAGCCCACCCAAGACACGAGGAAAGGCUGGUUGGGGACCCCCCCCCCCUGCGCAUGGCGUCUGAGACAGACUAGACCGAGGUCGACAUGUGGGAUCCUACACAAACACACAAGCAUACACACAUAUACACACACAUACACACACACACACGCGCGCACGCACACACACACACACACACACACACACACACACACACACACACACACACACACACACACACACACACACACACACACACACACACACACACAAUCCUCUCCUAAGUCUCUGGAACUCUGGAACUUUGUACACUUUCAAACAUUGGUACAAUUACACAACUUUAACCAAAAAACACAAACUAAGCCUGAGAGGACCUCCUCUGACAUCCUCUUUUUUAUGUUGUCCGGACCGUCCAGAGGUCUGACUCCAGUGACUCUGAACCUGUAAACCAAUCCCUUUACUGCUGUGUCCAGUGUUGGAUGAUUCAACAAGAAGACAUGACAACAGCACAGAGUUACACAAACCAAGUAGCCAUUUACGUCUUGCACUGAAAACCUUGAGGAAACUCUUAAUAUUGUUAUUAAUAUUCUUAAUAUUAUUAUUAUUCUCUACUCUACAUGUCCGUGGCGCUUCCGAAAAGCUGAAUAGCAAGGCACACUGGUCGGGCGAACUCCAGAGUUAGCUGGCCUAACAGAAUGCUGAUCGCUCCGCCCACCCCAUAUAGCCCCGCCCAUCUCGUAUGGCCCCGCCUAUCCCAUAUGGCCCCGCCCAUUCAGUAUGGCCCCACCCACAAUGUAUGGCCCCACCCAUCUCGGGCGGUUAGGGUUAGGGUUAGGUCGGUACUGGAGGCUGAAGAUGAGAACGUUUCCUGAAGAACAGAUCAGACGGCCAAUCGUAACCAUGAGCUCAUCAGCUCACUCUGAGUGAACUUUUAGUCAGCAACUCGUAAACUGGCAAACUAAUCAUUUCAAUCUUAGACCUGAGCACCGGAACCAUUAUUUCUAGCAGCAAAUGUUCUCCACCUAAUAAUGUACAACGUUAGCACCAAUGCAGAGAUUGCCGUUUGUCUGUGGUUGUUAUGAAUAUUUAUUGGCCUGCUUGGAUCUUGAGAGUUUCAUUCAUCCAUUAUAACGGUUGUACGAUCAUUCUUAUUUUUUACUCUAGUUCAAUUUGCUACCUCAGAUUUCAUUGGUCCUUAAUCUUAUUUUCAGACCCAACCCGGAGUGAUUUCAUCAUGUAUAAAUUAAUCAUAUAUUACCAGUUUGCCAGCUUACAAAGACGGAACCAGUGUCCCCGUUUGUACCGUACGACUUGCAAACACUGGAGAAAGAUGCUUCUAAACUGAGAGGGGGUCAGCGACCUUGAUCUGCUCUCAAGAGGGAAAGAUCCUUAGUUUUGCUGUUUGGUUUUACAACUGUUUCUGCACAUCUGUGUGUGUGUGUGUGGGUUUGUGUGUGUUCCCUCGCUCUGAUCAUAUCUUAAUUUGCAUUGGCAGGGAAAAACCGUACUUACUGCUGACAAGAGUAUGUUUUAUGUGUAACACAUCUUUUGGUUUUGGGAUGAAUGUUUUUGACUUCCUAAUGUCUGUAUGUUGGCGAGAGAUUUCUUUAUGCUUUCAGCUUUAACCGUCCAGUGAAAGGAACUCAAAGCAAUAGUUAGUCCUGGGGAGCUGGAGAGAGGAGAAGAGAGGAGGGGUAACUUGUAGCAAGAUCUCAUUUGAAAACAUAUACUCUCUAGGAAUGGAUAUGAGUUUGACACAGGGUCUUGGGUAACAAGACACAGACGCUCAUCCCAGCUGGCGAGACAAACUCUUAAAUCAGACACUAUGUUGAAAGCAGUUCACGGACAACAACACAAACCUGGGUUUGGUAUUCAGGAGCCCCGUUCGAUUCCUUGGAGUUCUGUAUUGAAGUACAGUACCCCUAACAUCCCUGCUGAAUUACAAUUGAUUUCAUGUGGUCAAAUUUCCAUACCUCAGUUUGUAAACUGUUUAUUGCUUGUGACACAAGCCUAUAAAUAUAUCUCUGGCCUUUGUUUUCCUGGAGAUAGAAGACUAGCGGAACAAACGAGACGAGGGAAGCCAUGACAUCUGUGGUGAACUGCCUCAUGGAUGCAGGCCUUUCUUGGUCUCCAUUUUUGGAAUUUCUGCCCUUUGUAAAAUACAGAAAUUAAUAGGAUAAGAGCCAUCUAAGAUUAGCAAAGUAGCUCUGUUAGCCACGGCACCACUUCUGACCUGUUCCUGCUUUUUUACAUUUGGAAGAAAUACCCCAACAAGAGAAACAAGUUAACCUGAUGCCUUCACUUUCUCUGUUCAUGAUCGAUUGUACAUAGAAGUCCACAUUUAGACGAAGCACAAAUGGAUUAUUUUCCGCCCAAAAUCUCCUUCAACAAUACAUAAGACACUAUAGUUUAAUAAUAGCAUGUUAGAUGGAUAGGGAUCCCUUCGAAUGGUGGGGAAAUUAAAAAAAUAAUUAUAAUAUCCCGAAAAAGUAUAUAUUUUCUGAAUUGUAUCGAGGACUGCUUCUGUUGUGGAAAAAAGUCCAACAGGUAAACACACACUGGCGAUUGAACAGUAAAGAAAACUGGAAGUAAGCAGAAACAGGUUAAUAUGACCGAAUAAUAACAUCACAAAUCAACCUACUCACUAAUUAUCUCUAUGAAAUCCUAUUUGUGUCUGUAAACACUGUCUGUAUCUGCUGCUGCUUGUGGGCCUCGGCUGUCUAUUUAUUUAUUUAUGUGACUUGUUGCUCUGUUUGUGGACGUGCCCUCCGCUCUUCACCGCUGGAGGGUGGAGUGUGUGAAGGCUUUGUGUGUUACUUUGUUUUUCCUCCCAGUGUUUUUGUGUGUUGAAUUCUUUCCUGAAGAUGUACAUCUGUAAAGCCGU